UGUGGGCGUGGAGAGUUGGAGUAACAACUUGGAGAAAUAGGAAUGUAGCCUGGACGUUAUAUAAGAGCGAGGAAACUUGCUAAGGCAGAGGAGACGAGGGGAAUUGCUGCGAACACCCAAGAGCAACUGAAUCAAUUUCUUCCCUUCAGUAUUCCUUGAUCCCGCACCAGCCGCCAGAGUCAUGAAGUUCAGCGUGUUAUUCUUUCUCCUGCUGCUGGCCUGCUUCUGCCUCAGUCUGGCCCAAGGCACCUAUGAGAACUGCUGUCUGAAGUACGUCCGUCGUGUGAGGCAGAAGACGAAGAAUAAGGUGGAGGACUACCGGAAGCAGGAAACGGAUGGAGGAUGCAAUAUCCCUGCCAUUGUGUUCAUAAUGAAGCCGAAGCCCUUCUGUGCUGACCCAAAUAAGCCCUGGGUAAAACAGUUGAUGAAGAGAGUUGAUAAAAAAAAGGCUUCUGGCUGAAUUGAGAAAUGAUCUACCCAAGACUGGUGGCUUACUGGAGAAUCUUUCUACUUCUCAGUUUCCUGGAGUGCGGACCUCUUCUGUCAGACAGGGAUCUUUCUGUGCAUAAUUAGCCUGUUUUCAUUGUAAACCUAUGGCAUGCACAUACACACACACACACACACACACACACACACACAGACACACACACACGCAGGCACACAUGCACACACACACACACACACACACUUUAAAUGGGGAUGCAAAGGAGGGAUUAUUCAUUUGGAAGAAACGUUGAAGUGCAUGUACUCUAAUUGAAGUUUUUCUGUUGGUAUUCUGAUGUUAUACAUGAGAGAAAUACUCAUGAAUGUGCAAAUUUCACUUAUUCCAAAGCGACAUACUAGAAUUUAAUGCACAGAAAUGAUCGAAUAUUUCAGCAUUUACAGAGCAUUCUUGUUUCAAAUGGUUUCUAUUGAAUAUUUCCGAAACUACUCUGGUGUGCCAAGGCAGUAAAUGUGGUCUUAUCUUUGCUAUACAUAAUGUACAAAAGAUUUGAUGGAUAAAGACUUUUUUAUGAUACCAAUUUCUACAAUUAUAAUAACUGUGAGAUGGUUUUGGUUGCGAGCAUGGUGUUAAUAUAAGCUUCAAGUUCAGGCAUAAAAUACAUUUCACUGUAUGAAUAAUAUUUGUUGUUCUGAAUUCAAGUUAUGUGAAUAUUUUUUUUAUAUGACAGAGAAUGUGACUUUUGUGUUUGUUGAUUUUUCUGGUAUUGAUCCUGCUUUUGGGACAGUGCUGUCGGUGUCAUUGUGAGCAUACUGCAGGAUUAAAUCACAGUUUAUAUUUUCCAUUUCCAUUGUAUUAUUUCCUUUUCCUUACAGAUUGAAUCUGAAUGUGAAUGUCAUUCAUAUGUGCCUGCCACCAUUGAGCCACUACAGUCCUGCAGUUCCGCAAUGAUUUUUGGUCGAAGUUUAAUCUUCAUACUUUUUGGGUUAGGAUUGUUAAUCAUAUUAGAAGACUUUACAAAUGUUUUAUAUCCAGCAGUUUUCCUGAGAAUAAAAUACAUUCGGCUAUCAA